GCCCUUGCGCACUGCCAUCUUCCUGGACUGUCCUUCGCCCUUCCGUAGCCUCGGUCCCUUUAAGAGGUCUGCGCACACAGGACCUCGCUUCCGCUAUGGCCGUUCAGCUGCUGGAGGAGGACCUGGUGACUUGUCCCAUCUGCCUGGGUCGCUACUGCGACCCCGUGACGCUGCCCUGCGGGCACACCUUCUGCGGGAACUGUAUCCAGGAUUCGUGGCGCUGUUGCGAAAAGAUAUGCCCCGAAUGUCGCCAGCCUUUCCCCGAGGGCGCCAAGCUGAGCCGCAACGUGAAGCUGAGCACCUUGUUGCAGGGGCUGCCGGCCGCCAUCCAGCGUCUGGAGUCCGGCACGAGCCAAAGCGCUCGCUGCCCGCGCCACGGGAGGCCGCUCGAGUUCUUCUGUCUCACGGAGGGCCUCUGCGUGUGCAGCGCGUGCACGGUGCACGACUGUAGCCACCACGAGAGGGCGCUGCUGGACGUGGAGCGCCGCGUGCGCGAGGACCGACUGAGAGCUAGGGUAAUGGUUACCCGGCAACAGGCCACUCAGGCAGAGACCCAGCUUGAGGAGCUGCAGCAGCAAAGCAGUCAGAUUGAGAGUUCAGCCCGCACCCUGGCCUCGGUGGUCUCCAGGAGAUUCAGUAGCCUGCUCCAGGUUCUGGAGAAGCAGCAGGCCUCAACACUGAGUGACAUAGAGGGAGCCAAGAAGCGGGCGCUGGACCAAGUUCUGCAUGAGAGACAGCGGCUGACUGACCACCUAAAGGCCCUGUCUCAGUACGACCAAAGUGUCCAGGACCUCCUGGGGCAGGGGGAUGAUUUCAUCUUCUUCCAGGGGUUACAGCAGCUCUCUGAGCCCAUAGGGUCCCUCGGGCCACCGACUCCUCCCCAGUGGGAUGAGGAAGAGCAGUUGAACAGUGUGAACCAGCUGCUUAGCCCACUGUGUGAGCUCCUCCUUGAAGAGAAGACCCUCCCCACGGCGGCAGACAAAGCUGCCAGUGCUGGCCCUAUGGAGGCCUUGGGUCCCCUGGCACCAGUCCCCAGCGCAAUGUGUCCACUGAGGAAGAAGCUCUGGCAGAAUUAUCGCAAUCUGACCUUUGACCCAGAGACUGCCAACCGGUAUUUGCUCUUGUCUCACAAGGCCCAGCAGGUGACACACCAUUUCCAGGCUCAGAGCCCAGCCAGGUCAGGCAGCUUUGAGCUGUGGCAGGUACAGUGCACCCAGAGUUUUCAGACUGGACAACAUUACUGGGAGGUGCGUGCCUCUGACCACUCCAUCACUCUGGGCGUCACCUACCCAGAGCUACCACGCCGAAAGCUGGGGACCCACACAGAUAACAUCGGUCGUGGACCCUACUCGUGGGGCCUCUGCAUCCAGGAGGACAGUAUUCAGGCCUGGCACAAUGGCAGAGCUCAGCGUCUGAGUCGGGCAGGGGUAUCUGGAGGACUCCUGGGCGUAGAUUUGAACUUGACCUCUGGCUGCCUCACCUUCUACAGCCUGGAGCCACACACACAGCCACUGCACACUUUCUAUGCAGUUUUCAGCCGGCCUCUCUUCCCUGUCUUCUGGCUCCUUGAGGGGAGGACCCUUAGUCUUUGCCAUCAGCCUGAGGCCGAGCUCCCUCCAAGGCCCCAGGAAGAGGCCAUAGCACCCAGCUGAGGAAGGCACAGACAGGUGCCACCAUGCUUGUGUGCCCAAAAGUGGCUCCGUCCCUGGCUUAGAGACCAAUGGCCAACCUUCUAAAAGGAACAGCUGGUGGCCUCUCUGUGGACUCAGAGGCCAGAGAUGGGAGAGGAGCCCUAAGUCCAAGUUUACUUUUUACUCUCUUCGAAGGGCCCAGGGGCCAGAAGAAAGCCCCGGCCUCAAGCAAGAACCGAGUUCUUGGCAUUGCUUGGACAUCGAUCUUAGUUCUAUUGCUGUGAAGAGACACCAUGACUAAGGCAACUCUUACAAAGGAAAGCAUUUAACUCAGGGCUUGCUUACAGUUUUAGAAGUUUAGUCCAUGGUUAUCAUGGCGGGAAGCAGACAGGCGUGGUGCUAGAACAGUAGCUGAGCUGGAUACAUCCCAAUCACCAGACACACAGAGAGGGGGGAGGGGAGGGAGAGAGAGAGAGAAAGAGAGAGAGAGGGAGGGAGAAAAGGAGGGAAGGAGAGAGGGAGAGGGAAGCUUUUGUAACCUUAAAGCCCACCCCAAGUGACACACUUCCCCCAACAAGGCCACGCCUCCUGAUCCUUCUCAAACAGUUCCACCAAGUGGGGUCUAAGCACAGGCUGUAGACAGCCAGUGUGGCGAUGGGUAUGGGUGUAGCAGAUGUGAGCUGCUUGCCUUUGCUGGUCCCAAAUAUGCUUCCAUGAAGGUCCUGGAUGUUUUUUUCCUCACAUUUCUAGAAGUAGAAUUUUUUUUUUCUUUUUGGUCCUGGGUAUAGCACCUGGGGUGUUUUGAAUGCUAGCAUUCAAAGUUCUGACCUCUCUCACCGAUGACAUCUACAGCCCGGUGUAAUUUAUUUACUUGAAAUGUGCUGUGUUCUGGUGUUGGCGGUAGUUACAAGGAAGCCCACUUUUGUAAGGUCCUUUUCUUUCCUUUUGUAAUUCCUUAAGCAUUUGUUUUGUAUGCUCAUGGGUAAACAUCUCCCAAUAAAAAGAUUUCAGAAAU